GAUGAGGGAGGGGAGGAUGAGGGAGGGGAUACUAAUCUGCCACACAGGACCAGCUCUCCCCCUGUCAGCAAAGCCCUUCAACUCCAGAGCCAGCCAAGAAUGAGAGCUACUUUUUAUAACCACAUGUUGCUGUGCUGCCUGAAUUAGUGCAGCUGCCGCCACCAGAGCAGCAACUACUUCUCUCUGCCUCUGUCUGCCUCUGUCUCUCGCUCUGUCUCCCCCUCGCUCUCUUUUGUUUUGCUCCCUUGAGAGCAAGAGCCAUUUAAUUUAGUUUCUGCCACCUCUGACAGCUGACAUUUCCUCUACGCCAUUCACACGGACGUCACUGGGCAACAUUAAGAAUUGUCUGGAGUAAAAGAGUAAAAGAACAGCCCUAUAUUUCCACAUGAAGAAACAGAUGUGAGUGUAAUUGCUGCAAAUGAAAGACGCCCAGGCUUAAAAGUCACAGCAUGCCAGGACUAAUCAACAAAGAGAAAUGGAAGGCCCUGCCCCUCACUGUCUCCGACAUCAGCUCCUGCGUCAUGGGCUAUACUCUGGCUCUGACAGCCUCUUUGACUUAUGACAACAUGGAGGACCAUCCCAUUGAGGGAAUCUUCAUUUAUCCACUUGAGGAAUGCUCGACGGUUGUGGGCUUUGAAGCAAUGAUCUCCUCUCAAAUCAUAACCGUACAGAUCAAAGACAAAGCCAAGCUCGGUGACUGUUACUUUGAUUGUUGUUCUUCAGCCAACGGGACUCCGCAGAGUGGAAGCGGACAUAUUGUUAUGGAGGAGGACCUGGAGAGAACUGUGCUGGUCGUGAACCUGGGGGUCAUUCCGCCCCUGGAGACCGUGAGUGUUCUGGUCAGCACAUCGUCUGAGCUGUCUACGCUGCCAAAUGGGGGCAUCAGGAUCAUGUCUCCACCCGUGUGCACCCCCAGGGUCGAGCGGUCAGUGAAAGAGGAACAAGCAUUCUCCCCUGGCACAAGCAGAAGGAAAGACAGGCAUCACUGUGCCCUGGGGGCCCAUGACCAGCUACCUGGGAGUGCUCAGCUGUGUUUAGCCUGGCUGCUGGAGGACGAGUCCAUCAACUCCAUCGACUACGACUUUAACUUCCAGCUGGAGAUCAGAAGCCCUUACCUACUUGCAGGUGUGGAGAGCCCAUCACAUGCCAUCCGGGCAGAUGCUGACCCAUGUGCCCGUUCUGCCACCAACAUAAUGGUCACCCUGGCUGAUAAGUACACUUACGACUGCCCUGUGGAAAUACUCAUCUAUUCUAGUGAGCCUCACCUGCCCCAUGUGCUCGUGGAGAACGGCGACAUGACCUUGGAGGAGUACGACGAGUAUCUACACAGCAAAAGCGACUUCAUCAAGGGGAUCAAGAAGGAUGCAAGUGACGAGAAGAAAGUUGAAAUCCUACGCAAGAGGCUCCACAAGGACAUCCUCCACAACCCGGUGGUCAUGCUGAACUUCUGUCCCAACCUCAAGUCCAUGACCUCUGACCUCAUGAGCCCCCAGGGCGAGUUCAUCUUCCUGAUCGACCGCAGCGGCAGCAUGAGCGGGGUGAACAUCAGCCGUGUGAAAGAUGCCAUGGUGGUGAUUCUGAAGAGUCUUUUCCCAGCCUGCUUGUUCAAUAUCAUCAGCUUUGGCUCCUCAUUCAAAACACUCUUCACCACCAGUCAGCCCUACGAUGAGGACAACCUGGCCACGGCUUGUGAGCACAUCAGGAAGAUCCGGGCUGACAUGGGCGGCACCAACCUCUUAGCGCCUCUCAGCUGGAUCCUGCGGCAGUCCAUGCACCAGGGCCACCCACGGCUGCUGUUCCUCCUCACCGACGGGGCGGUCAGCAACACGGGCAGGGUCAUCGACCUGGUCCGCCGCCAUGCACGCUUCACCAGGUGCUACACUUUUGGAAUUGGCCAGAGUGCCUGCAGGAGACUGGUGCAAGGACUGGCCACGGUAUCCAAGGGGAUUGCGGAGUUUUUUGCAGAGGGAGAGAGACUGCAGCCCAAGAUGAUCAAGAUGCUGAAGAAAUCCAUGACUCCAGUGCUCAGUGACAUUUCCAUUGAGUGGCUGUUUCCUGAAACCAAGGAGGUGCUUCUCUCCCCCGUGGGCAACACCUACCUCUUUCCAGGAGACCGUCUGAUUGGCUACUGCGCUGUCUGUGACACGACCCGUUACCAUCCCAACCCCAAGACUGAUAAGCGCCGGCGCUACAGCAUGAUGCGCUCCAACGAGUCCACCAGCUCUGUGUUCUUCCACUCCCAAGAGGAGGAUCCAGCCGGGAGUGCCACAGAUGGUCCAGUAUCACAGAGAGACACGCAUGCCGGGGCCCUGUACGAUGGUUACCAGGACACCAUGUCUGAGAGCAGUCCACUUCCUACUGAGGACGACUUCACGGGAAUGGACACUAACGGAUCACCACGAAGGCGGGCCUAUAGCACAAACCAGAUAAUGGAUUACAACCCUGCAAAGAGGGCAUACACUCCUAGCGACCCGACCUCAGUGGUGGGGAAGAACCCUUUGAGAAGAGCAAAAGUCCAGGAACUGAUUAACCAAACCAGCCCUGACCAUGGAGCUGAGUGGAAAUUAAACUACCAGCCACAGCUGGCUAGUUUGUGUGCCACAGCCUCCAGGGGGCGCCCUGCUGGGUGUGAGCGCUCCUCAUUACUGCAGCAGGAGCAGCAGGAGCAGCAGGAGGAGCAGGAGCAGCAGGAGGAGCAGGAGGAGGUGGCGCUGGCGCCGGCAGAGCAGGUCCUGCCUCAGCCCUGUGCCAAAGCUCAGCCUGUGGGCCGCUGCCCAUCCACGGCCGUGGAGAACGGAUCCAGGUCCUCCUCUGAGAGCCCCUCAUUGGGAAGCACUGGAGGAGGAGGAGGUCAGUGUAAAUGGCUGUGUUUUUCAUUUCUUAAUGCUCAUUCAGAUGGGUAUGCGCAUCAGCUGUGUGAGUUUGAGACUCCCCAGGACCCUCACGUGCCGGCCGUCAGCACCGCCAGCCCUGGCAAGGGAGACUGCAAGGCGGUGGUGACCGGGUUGCUAUGCGGGAAAGCCGUGAAGUGGGAAGUCAUCUUUGACAUUGAGCCAUACCUGAAAGGUCGCGAGCGGGAAGAGAAGGUUCAUGAGGACCUCUGGAAUGAGACGUUCCAUCACCUGGCGGCCCACUCCAUCAUUCAGGACUUUGAGCAAAUGGCGGAGAAGGAGUUUGAGAUUGAACACGGGUGUGGCCGCAGAUACCAGCUGUAUGCAAUUCACACAAGCAAAGCCUGCAACAUCCUGAGUAAAUACACAGCAUUUGUGCCCAUAGACCUGGACACUAAUGAAUAUUUACAGACCUCCAUUGAGUACAUGAAUGCGGGAGAGGACUCCAAGAAAGGAUCCCAGUCGAGCUCCCGUUCUGGGAGCAGGAAAAAGCGGGGCUACUCCAUUGGACUGGGACGCUCUCAGUCAGGCUGCAUGUCAGAAGCUGAGGACGGCUUACUGCCUACAAACCCUGACGACGGCAACUCCCCCUGCAGUACUCCAUCGUCGUCAUCCGGAUGGGAAACAUACAAAUUCACAGACGCCUCUCAGAGGAGUCCCUCGGUGACCUCGGAGCACUCUCAGAGAUCCGUGGAGAGCCUCUUCUCAGCCAGGCUGAGUCUCACUCGAACGAGGCUCCUGACCAAGGCAGCCCGGGGUUUCAUGAGUCGGAGUCAAAGCAAGACCAGUGACUCAGUGGGUGACAGUGAAAAUGACAACAAAGACUACAUCCCUCUGGUAUCCUUGCAGUUAGCCUGCGGGUCCUUCGCGCUGGACAGUGCUCUGUGUGAGGCCACCGGUGUGCCCAUGACCAAGCUGAAGUGGACGUCACCCUUCAGCAGCCACCGCCACAGCCUGCCCCACCACUCCCACUCCAGCGGCCGGCGGGCUGAGAGCCAGGACGACGGCAGCACCCAGCUCUCUCAGGACCCCGAGGCAAAGCCAUACACGGAAUUGAGCGUCAGUAGCCAAAGCCCCUUAGCUAGGAGCCCACACAGCCCCAGGGCGGACGCGGGGUCCCCCUUCCUCCCCCACCCGUCGACUUCCUUCCCCCAGGAGCCUCCUCACUCCCCCGGCUACUCACGGAUGGACAGCGGCCACGGCUCAGAGUCGGAGCGAGCGGGGACCCCCGAGGCCAGGACCCAGCAGGGCACCCUUGAGCCUGAGAGCAUGGUGUGGGCCACCGCAGUGGCCCUGGCCUGGCUGGAGCACAGCUCGGCCAGCUACUUCAUCGAGUGGGAGCUGUUGGCAGCCAAGGCCAGCAUGUGGCUUAGCAGCCAGACCAUUCCAGAGGGUCGCGACCUUGCCACUAUCAAGUCAGCGGCCAACCAGCUUUUCAUCAUCCUCAGGCACUGGGACGAGAACCUGCAGCUCAACAUGCUGUGCUACAACCCCAACAGCAUGUAGUGCAUGGAGGUGUGCUCAGGACACCUCUGUGUGAAGCUGUGCUAUGCCAACCCUGGAGCUGCUCUCUUUGCAUGUGAUCGCAGUGAGUGUGGAGGGAAACAUGCUCUGUUAUGCCAAGGUUCUUGUUUUUUGAGGUAUGAUAAAUGAUGUCACAUCCUGAAGCCCGGAAGUUCAUUGUCUUUGAGUUGCUGAUAUACUUUAAUGUAGUGGAAAAGUGCAAUGAAGUGGAAUGUCAGUAAAUUGUGUAUUGUGAUUAUCAUAUAGGAUUUAACACACUAAUCAGCCAAUCUCAUCGCUGAGCAAAGACUUCUCACAUGGACUUCUAAUUGCAUCAUAAAUAGCCAUGUCUUCUGCAGGUAAGACUGAUGUUUUAACCUGGAAGAGAAUGUUUUCAGAUUGAUUGUAUUCACUUAUUGUAGUCAUGUCUCCAUUUUUCAGCUAUCACAGGCCUGUACAAAUGUAUUCUGUGUGUACUCAUACUACUGUGAGUAUAACUUGAAAUGGUUUAAGCAAGUGGCAAGCAGAUGUUUUGCUCUGACCUGUAAUUUGUAAACCUGUGAAGUGCAACUAUAUUCAACUUAAAUGUAGCAAACCUUAAUUGAACGACUGUGUCACGCUUUACCUCUGUGAAACUUUGGUGCAAAUGUAGUCUGUAAUGUGGAUUGCCAUCUUUAAAGCUCCCUCUCAAUGCAGAUCACAACAAAAUGGAAUGUGGCAGCUAAAACAUUGACCAAAUGCUUCUAUACUGUAUAAUCAAGGAUCAUACAAAACACCUAUUUGAUUUGGAUGGUCAUCUAUUUGGAGAUGUAAUUACUCACCCCAGUUAACGGGAGGCCAUUUUAAUCGCCUCUAUAGAGUUUGCCCUGUGAUAUGCUGGCUGUGCUCUCAAACCAUAAGUGCCUGUCUUUUCUGACAUUGAAACAUAAAGACUGAGUGGGCUGCUGCAAUGUUUGGCAUGUUCCACCUGAAGCAAAAUGUCUGUGCUUUGUUUUGAAAUUUGUUGGUUUGUGUUGUGUUUCCAAACUUUCUCAAUUUGCUGGAUGAUGACAUUGUUUAUUUUCUAAGUUAGAAAACAAUUUCAAAGAAGAACUUCAA